CGGUGAACACGUCGGCGCCGUGUCGACUUCCAAACAAGCGCCCCAUUCGGAGGUUCGUGCGCACGCACACACACUGACAAGCAGCAGCGGAGACGAAGGGGAAGCCUCCAUUUUAGCUCCCGUGGCCGCUCGGCGCCUCACGUGUCCUGGCCUGUCUGCCUCACAUGACCCUUGUGUUUGUCCCCGUGAUCACAAGCCUCCAUCUCGGCGGAUCCGUGCUGUUGCCGUCGCUCGUUCCCACCCCGAUCGAGCCUUCAUGGAUAUGCUGGAGCAGAGUGUGGACAGCUCGGCGAGUCACGACAAACAGGAGUCCGACGACAUUGAGCACUUACAGGAAGGAGAAGUAGAGGAUCAGUCAGCUGGGACUAUUUCUGCUGUCCCACAGGCUGCGUUUCCUGACCACAAUGUUCAGUACCAGUUCCGCACAGACAACAGUGAUGGACAGGUAACCUAUCGUGUAGUUCAGGUGACAGACGACAACAUUGACACAUCCUCUGACGCCACUGGGGCCGUUAGCGUCGUCUCGACCGCAGCGUUUGCAGGAGCGCCUCAGGCCGUAAUCCAGAACCCCUUCAGUAACGGAGGAAGUCCCGUCGGGGAGGCGGUGGGAGGAGAGACGCGUUUCGCCUACUUCCCCGCUGCCGCUGUCAGUGACGGGACAGCCACGGCCGUGUCGGUGCAAACCACCUCGGAACCCACAAUCACACAGGGGGCAGGUCAGUUCUACGUAAUGAUGACCCCUCCUGAUGUGCUGCAGUCGGCAACACAACGGACCAUCGCACCGCGCACGCACACUUACCCAGCAGACGUUGGUGAAAGCGAGAUGUUGCAGCAUGGCAGCACAAACUGGAAGGUGGAUGGUCCACGAGCGCCGAGGGAUGAAAGAAGAAGAGCACAACACAAUGAGGUGGAGAGAAGAAGAAGAGACAAGAUUAACAACUGGAUUGUCACACUUUCAAAAAUCAUCCCUGACUGCAAUAUAGACAAUAGGACUGGUGCUAGUAAAGGAGGCAUCCUAUCCAAAGCUUGCGAUUAUAUCCGAGAACUGCGUCAGAAUAACCAGCGGUUGCAGGAGAGCUACAAAGAAGUGGAGCGAAUUGAGCUGGACAAUGAAAUGCUUCGACAACAGCUCGAGGAACUCAAGAGCGACAACGCGUUGCUUCGAGCACAGCUACAACAGCACGGCAUAGAACUCAAUGGAGAGUCAACACCCCAGUGAUGAGGGGACUGGACAUCUACAGAGUCGCAAACAAACGCGGUUGUGUAUUCCCACUCAACCUGAACAAUACCAGGAAAGGAAUAACCACGGGUGACUACUUCCAUCUGGAUCCCAUUGAACAUAAAGUGGGCCAGUGGCCGAUUGAAGGACCACUGAUAGACAUCUCCCUCCAUAUGCUGCUGGUCAAUGGCUGACAUUUACUGAGUAGCCCAAUGAACCCCUCACCUCUGCUUCAAGGAGAACGACCUCGGCGCACCACCACACUUGCACAAAGCUUUAUUUGACUGUAAUUUAUAAUCCUGCCAGUCUUCUCAACUUCUCAGCCUUCUUGGUGUUAAUUCUGUUUCUGAAGCUAUCAAAUGAAAUAGGAAGUACCACUUACUUUUUUUUGUCCUUUUAAUUUAUAAACCUUGUCCAAAGUCAUCAGCACAUUUAAUUAUUCUUUUCAGCCAGUUAAUCAGUCAUACAAUUGUGAUGGUGUUGGUUUUAUUUUAGCGCAAGACCUAAACAAGGAGUAAACCUAGCUCAGGUAAUUGGGGUAGUGCACUGGCAUCUGGUUCCCAGAUUUUACAUAUAGAUUUUAUUUUUGGAUUUUUUUUUUUUUUUGGUCUGCAAGUGCAAUGGACAGAUAGUUAAGACACUUGCAUUGUGUGAAUCGGUUUUAUUGGGCAUCACAUGUCGUAGGUUAGUGUAGUUUUCUUUCUGUGUCAUUGAGGUUAAUGAAUGUGGGGGUUUGUUUGGAGACCCGCCUGUUUGGCCUCACGGGCAUUUUUGUCUGUGUUGCUCCCCCACUAAUCAAAUACGCAGCAAUGCUUGGGACCUUUGUGGCAAAUCGAAGGCAAUAAACUAUGAGCAUGAAUGAACUGAUAAUA